GUGACCCGCAGCGUGACGGCGGGGUGGAUCAGCUGACCGGCGGCGCUUCCUGUUCUGGUGUUGUUCUCAGAGAGAGAGAGCGGAUCACUCCUUCAUACUGUUCACUCUGUGUAUGAUUAGUGCUCCACUCCGCUCUCUUCAUGAACACCUCGGACAGUGAGGAGGACGCCUGUAACGAGCGCACGGCGCUGGUUCAGUCCGAGAGCCCGUCUCUGCCCUCCUACACCAGGCAAACUGACCCGCAGCACGGCACCACCGAGCCCAAACGGCGACGGCAUGCUAACUCCGACACGGAGGCGGGACACGCUGCCCGCGGGGGCGUCGCAGCACCAAGAGAGCGAGACUCGGGCCCCGUCCCUGACGGCGAGGACGAGGAGCUGACGGUGAAAUACGGAGCCAAACACGUCAUCAUGCUCUUCGUACCCGUCACGCUGUGUAUGGUGGUCGUCGUGGCGACGAUCAAAUCCGUCAGCUUCUACACCGAGAAAAAUGGCCAGCAACUGAUCUACACUCCCUUCACGGAGGACACGAACUCUGUGGGCCAGAGGUUGUUGAACUCUGUGCUCAACACCAUCAUCAUGAUCAGCGUGAUCGUGGUCAUGACCAUAUUUUUGGUCGUGUUGUACAAAUAUCGCUGCUAUAAGUUUAUUCACGGCUGGCUGAUCCUGUCCUCCCUCAUGCUGCUGUUCUGGUUCAGCUACAUGUAUCUGGGGGAGGUGUUUAAGACGUAUAACGUGGCGAUGGAUUACCCGACGGUGGCGAUGAUUAUCUGGAAUUUCGGGGCGGUGGGGAUGAUCUGUAUCCACUGGAAGGGUCCUCUACAGCUGCAGCAGGCUUACCUCAUCGUCAUCAGCGCUCUGAUGGCCCUCGUCUUCAUCAAAUACCUGCCCGAGUGGUCCGCCUGGGUCAUCCUCGGAGCCAUCUCUGUCUACGAUCUGAUAGCUGUGCUGUGUCCUAAGGGUCCUCUGAGGAUGCUGGUGGAAACUGCGCAGGAGAGGAACGAGCCCAUCUUCCCUGCACUCAUCUACUCCUCUACUAUGAUUUGGAUGGUGGGAAUGGCUAAUCCAUCUCAAGCCUCAGACUCAGCUGACCGAAGUGCAGAUGAGGAGGUGCGUCACAGUGAAGAUGUAAUUUUGGAAAGGGAAGAGGCGGAGCCUGAGGUUCAGAUGCAUCGCGGGCAGAACAGAAGUUACUCAGCAGAAGAAGAGCUGGAGGAAGACAGAGGAGUGAAGCUGGGUCUGGGAGACUUCAUCUUCUACAGUGUUCUGGUGGGGAAGGCGGCGGCGACUGGAGGAGACUGGAACACAACGCUGGCCUGUUUCGUGGCCAUUCUUAUUGGACUGUGCCUGACACUGCUGUUACUGGCCAUCUUUAAGAAGGCUCUGCCUGCGCUGCCAAUCUCCAUCACCUUCGGACUGGUCUUCUACUUCUCCACCGAUAACCUGGUGCGGCCGUUCAUGGACAACCUGGCAGCUCACCAGUACUACAUCUGACCCAGGCUCCGGAGCGGUGUUCCGGACCGGUGUUCCGGAGGGAAGCUGCAGGAGCGCACCCCUGAGCGUGGUGUAUUAUUAUUAUAUUACAGUGAGAAUUAUUCUAAAUCGUCUUUAUUUAAUCCUGGUAUCUGAGCUGGCCUCGAACUGACGCGGUGAUGGUGCACCUGGAGAAGCUCACUGGCCUUACUGGUCAGAAUGCCAGUUUAGCCCAGUUUGUUUUGCUGGUCAGAUAUGAAGGAGGAGCAAUAUCUGUGGUGGACGAUCUGGAAACAGAACUUUAAUAAGCAGCCAGAGGUUUAGAAGUUUGGGCACCAUUGUUCAGAAUGCAUUGUGUUAUUGAUUAUUUUUAAGUGUACCGUAUUUUUCUGACUAUAAAAAGCACCUAUUAUCCUUUAAUUUUCCCAAAAAUCCACAGUGCCCCUUAAAAUCCAGUGCGCCUUAUUUAUGAAUUUUACCUGUCUGGUUGUAAGGAGCAGUAAAGCCACUCUGUAAAAUUAAGAGUAAAAAGGAGUUAGGCUGGCUAGCAAUGCUAAACGGGGCUGGCUAGCAAUGCUAAACAGGGCUGGCUAGCAAUGCUAACUAUGGCUAAGUACCAUGGCUGGCAAGCGCUGCGAAAAGGGGCUGGCAAGCGCUGCUAAACGGGGCCGGCUUGCAAUGCUAAAUGGGACUGGCUAGCAAUGCUAUCCAGGGCUAAGUACCAUGGCUGGCUAGAGCUGCUAACCGGCGCUGGCUAGCGUUGCUAACCGGGACUGGCAAGCGCUGCUAAACCAGGCUGGCUAGCGCUGCUCACUUUGAUUUAGGCAUCCUUGCUAGUGUCCGAAAACUAUGGUAAAUCCUUAUUAAUUUACUGAAUAAAACACUUUAAUCAAGCUGCGCACAUUGCUGACACAGAUGUGCACAGAUCUGGAGCAGAUAAACCUAUAUAACCCUACUGGCACAAUGCCUAAUGCCUUUAUAGCUGUUUUCAUCCAAUAACUUUAGGAGUGAAUGAGUUGCUUCAUGUAACACUCCUGAUUUUGAAAGAUGCAGUAAAUAAGCAGGUGUCCCAACACUUUUGUUCAUGUUUAAUCUUAAGAUAGAUACAGCAGAUUAAUACAAACCAUGUUCUAAAAUGUGCAGAAAUGCCAUAUUCAAGUUUAUGUUUACUAAGAUUUUUUCUUUACUUCACACUACAUGACUAUUAACAAACAAUGCCAUCUGAACAGGGGCGUCCAAAUGCAUACGAUUGUAAGGCCUGAAAAUGAUCCAAACGCAUCAAAUGUCCUUUAAUAAAUGUGCUGAACUAGGAUGAGGUUUCUGGUGUUAUUAUGUAAAAAAAGGAAAAAAUAUUAUAUACAGCUCUGGAAAUAAAUGAGAGAGCACUUCAGUUUGUGAAUCAGUUUCUCUUAUUUUGCUAUUUAUAGGUUUAUGUUUGAGUAAAAUGAAAAAACAUUGUUUUAUUCUAUAAACUACGGACAACAUUUCUCCCAAAUUCCACAUAGAAAUAUUUUAUUCAUUUAGAGCAUUUUUUGAAAUGAGAAAAAUGAGAAAUGGCUGAAAUAACAAAAAAGAUGCAGAGCUUUCAGACCUCAAAUAAUGCAAAGAAAAAGAACAAAUUUACAUUCAUAAAGUUUUAAGAGAUCAGAAAUCAAUAUUUGGUGAUUAGCGCUAAUUAGCUCAGCAGUGCUGCUGGAGUUUUUAAACACUGUUUAAUCACUCACUGUCCUCCACUCUAUUAGACCAUUUUAUGCUAAAUCUGUGAAUCUUACUAUUAUUAAUAAUUUGACAGUUAAUAUCACAAGAGGCCCGUUUUUUUUUUUUUGUACAUUUUUUACAAACCUUUUUACAAUGUUGUGUUUCAGCAAUUUCAUAUGUAACAUGAUUUUUUUUAAAGCAUGAUUAUAUAAUUAGUUGAUUAGCCUUUGAAUGAAGCCCUUGAUUGUGCUUUAUAAUCUUUGAAUUACAUCAAUCCUUUAAUACUUUAAUUUGAAUAUGAAGUCAUGACAUGCAUCUAGUUCCAGUAAGAUACUGACAAACCCCAGAGUAGCUAUUAUUAUUAUUUUUCCCUUCUGUUAGCUCUCUCAGAUCUGUAAUGAAGGAAACCUCUUGAGGAGAAAAGCAUUAAGUGAAGGUGGGCGUGUCUUAAACGGAUCUACUGUUGAAAGGACUUAAGAGUUUUUGCAUACGAGAAAACAGUACGUGAUCUUUUUACUGAAGAGGAAAUAAAUAUAUAUAUAUAUAUAUUUUAUAAAUUAUGGUGUAAAAUUUGAAUUGAUUUUGUAUGGUCACAUAUAUAUAAAGUGAGUACGCCUCACUAGUUUGUUCGUCAUGUAUAACAACUUUAAUGUUAUGUAAGAAAUUGUAAAAUUGUGUAAAAUUCAGUAAAACUGGACAAUAAACUAUACAACUGGAAUUAAA